UCUGCCUCCUUUCUGCUCUUGGUCGGGGAAUCGAAAACCUGUCAAGCGGGUUUGGCCAAAAUUAUGUCUUGUUCCCAAGCAAGUUCACAGGGCUGGCUUCUAUCUCUCAGGCGGGAGCCUUCCGGAUCCAGCGGAGGUCCCCGGAGGUCGAUGAGGACCAGGGGCCACGCUGGAAGCAGAGGGGCAGUAGAGGCUGAGCGGCCGUCCCUGAAGCUUGAGCACAGAGGGGCCCGGGCCAGGGCUGUGGGGAGCCAUGGAGAGCUUCACGGAGUCACUAAACAGGCUGAAAGACAUCCACGAGAAUGAGGUCAUGGGCCUGCAGAACAAGCUUCUGGAGCUGAACUCAGAGAGGUGCCGGGACGCCCAGAGGGUGGAGGAGCUCUGCGCCAAGAACCAUCAGCUCAGGGAGCAGCAGAAGGCCCUGAAGGAGAACCUGCGGGUGCUGGAGAACAGGCUGCGGGCUGGCCUGUGCGACCGCUGCAUGGUCACCCAGGAGCUGGCCAGGAAGAAGCAGCAGGAGUUCGAGAACUCCCUCCUCCAGAACCUGCAGCACGUCUUCCUCCUCACCAAUGAGCUGACCCGGCUGCAGGAGGAAAACGACACCUUGAAGGAGGAGGUGAAGCAGCUGCGGGGUCCAGGGCCCAAGCCCCUGUUCAGGGAGGGCACCUCAGACCCCCCAUCCCCCCUGCUGCUCCCCUCCCUGGGCGCCGGGAAGGCUGUCGCUGAGAAGCCACUGGGAAGCCACGAGGAGACAGAGGACGACCACGCAGAAAGGCCGGUGGGGUACAGGGAGUCUCCAGUGGCCAAAAUCUCUCCAGGUGCCAACCUGCCAGAGCCGCGGGCCCCGGACAUGAGCCCCCAGCGCAUCUCCAACCAGCUGCACGGGACCAUCGCCGUGGUGCGGCCGGGAUCCCGGGCCUGCUCCGUUGACCAGGGCUCCACCAACGGGACACCCCCACUGCCACUGACCAGGAGCAGCCCACCCAGCCCACCCUGCGGGCACAGCCUCUCCCUGGACAGCUUCCUACAAGCCCCUCGGCCCUCCGCCCAGACCCGUGAGUCCUUGCAGGGCCCCCUCCAGGCUGACCGCCUCUGCCUCCUGAGCCGCCGCCUGUCCCUGCACCUCCGGAGCCCCAACAGCAGCCCCCGGGCUCCCACCACAGCCCCCCGUGGCCCCCUGCCCCCGGGCCUGAAGGCUGGGGAGGCGGAGGCCUGGGAGGAGCCUGCAGGCCUGCUGGGCCUGCCCGGCACCCUGGUGGGCAUGCGAGACCCGCGGCUGGAGGGCGCACUGCGCCUGCUCCUCGCCCAGCAGCUGCGGGCACGGGGGAGCCCCAGCGGUGCCAGGCGGAGGGGCCCGCCCAUGCCGGGGGAGACGCCACCCUCCCCGCCAGCAGGCUCUGACUCCGAGGGUCCUGAGGGUGAGACGGCUGGGGCAGCCCUGCCCAGAGGGCAGCACCCGCAGACCACAGGCCCGGGCAGCCCUGGGGACAAGGAGGUCACAGCCACACAGGACCAUGUCCCAGACACGCCCCUGGACCUCUCAGAGAGGGGCCGGGGCCGGGACGGCGCCCUUCAGCCUGCCAGCCAGCCAGGCUCACUCAGCCCCACAACUGCCCACACUCCCUGUCUGGAGCCACCCCAGGGAGCAGAGCCACCUGCCCAGCCUGGAGCCCAGGGACUCAGCAACGGCACCAAGGGGCCCAGAAAGCCAGAGGAGGGGGUGCCCCCGACUUCCAAGGACCCCCCACAUCCUCUCCCAGAGCAGCCCCCAGGCCUGCCCUCUCCAAAUGGAACGGGAAAUGAGGCCAGAGGGAGGCCAAAACUGCUCUCCUGCCCUCAAAGGUCUGAUGGAGACAGCCACCCAGAGCUCAGCAGAGCCGAGGUACAGCGGAUGGAGAGGGACCAGCUGGAUGAGCCAAACACCUCGGACAGUGAGGAGGGCCUGAGCUCCGAGGCAGGGGCCACAUUGAGCACACCAGGGAACAGGUGCUUCUGUGCCAAGGAGCAUGCGUGUGGCCUGCAGCAGAAGAGGAAGCGGGCCUUGGACUCAGACCCGGACCCAGACCCGUGGAGAAAAGCCUCCAAGAAGCCGUCCUGAGGAAGAAGGAACCUAGGGGAGCCAGAAGCCCGAGGGAUCCCGAGGACGGCAGCCUCUCACCCAGCAACAGCAGCUGGGAAGAGAUCCAGGGGCACCACAGCCUGCCCAGGUGGGCUCCCCACCCACUGCCCGUGGCCAGGACAGCCCACACCACCAGCCCAGCAGUGGGGGAGUAGACUGGGUCCUGUCUCACGUCCAGAAGGGUUGGGAAGCCCAAAGCGGGUGGCCUUCGGCUGGUCUUUCAAAGCUCUCCGUCUCCACCCAUCUCAUAAAUGGCCCUGCUGCCCACCCUUACCCCAGCAUCUGCUCACUUGGUCAGUGCUGGGGGAGCGGAGCCCAGACGGCUCAGGCUCCAGCCACACCCCCGCCCCUGCUGCGCACAGGCAGCCCUUCCCAGGCAGCUCCCUACUCCUCUGGCCAACACACACUCCGCUGGCUUCCCGGACCCCCAGUGCCCUGCGUGCCUGGCCGCCCAUCCCUGGCAGGCAUGGAGCUCUGAGGGGUAGUCUCGGGCGCCCCCUCAUGGAGUCCCACAGGCAGGCGCUGGACAGUGAGGGUGCAGGGCCUUCUGCAGAGAGGGGUCGCAGAGAGCCAGAAUAAAGCGUCAAGAAGGAGGGCGUGUGCAGCUGGCAGGGUCGGGGGUCCGCCAGGUCUCUGCUUUCCUGGGCAGGUGACUCAAGAGGCUCUUAAGUGCGUCCAAAGGUGGGGAGGUCACUCCCAUUCUGAGGGGCAGGGCCCAAACCAGUCGCAUUUGCAGACCAUUACAGGGACCAGAGCACACUCGGGGAGGGCUGCAGGGAAUGGAACCCAGAACACGCAGCAGCCUCCACGGAGAGCCCCCUCCUCCCUAACAGCUCUGAGCCCCUGGCCCCACACCUGCCCCUGACUUGUCAGCCCUGCAUGACCACAGCGCAGCUUCCACCCUUGGCACUUGGGGAUAUUCUGCUUUAGGAGGGUGGGUCUCAGAGCACCUCAGUGGGAGGAGCUUAAACAGGUUCCUGGAUACACUCCAGACUCACUGAAUCAGGAUCCUGGGGUGGGCCUGGGAAUCCGCGUUUUAAGAAGCUUCCAGGGGCAAUUUCCCUGUGGGUGAAGUUUGAGAACUGCCCUUCCGAGGCAAAGGCAGGACACCGGGCAGUAGCUGGGCAAACUGGGGGUGCAGGCCUGACAAACAGAGCCACUGCUCCCCGCCUCACUCCCUGUGGCCCGUCUGCCUGCUGGCCCAAGAGGUCAGAGAAACUAAAUUCCCAAGAGGGAAAUCCAGGGGGAGGGGGGUAUGCAAAGUUCCAAUUGUUAAAGGUUGCUCUGAUUUUUCUGAAAUAAAAUAAAAUGAAACCUGGGUGCUCCAUUCACGUCCGACAUGUAGGCCAGGUUUGGCUCGUGGGCACCCAGGGUGGUGAAGAAGCCAAGUCUCCAAGUGCCUGGCGAG